UUGUCCUCUUCGCCCGUCCUUAAGCCUUGAGGUAGAGCCCAGGCCAAAACUGGGACCGCAGCCUGGGUCUCCGCUGCCCCGCGCCAGCCUGAGGCCCAGUCUCUGGUGACGGCGCGCCCCCAGUCUUGGUGUCGGGCCCGGCGGAACAACGCCUGGCGUCUGGACUCCUUCAGUGAUCGCGCCCGUCCGCAUCCGCCGACCUCUCCACUGCUGAGCAAAAGCCACCCGAGGCUGGCGACGGUGUCUUGCCGGGGAGUCGUAGCCGGGCUGGUAACUGGAGUUUGAGCAGGAUGAAGUUAAAGGAAGUAGAUCGUACAGCCAUGCAGGCAUGGAGCCCUGCCCAGAAUCACCCCAUUUACCUAGCAACAGGAACAUCUGCUCAGCAAUUGGAUGCAACAUUUAGUACCAAUGCUUCCCUUGAGAUAUUUGAAUUAGACCUUUCGGAUCCAUCCUUGGACAUGAAAUCUUGUGCCACAUUCUCCUCUUCUCACAGAUACCACAAGUUGAUUUGGGGGCCUUAUAAAAUGGAUUCCAAAGGAGAUGUCUCUGGAGUUCUGAUUGCAGGUGGUGAAAAUGGAAAUAUUAUUCUCUAUGAUCCUUCUAAAAUUAUAGCUGGAGACAAGGAAGUUGUGAUUGCCCAGAAUGACAAGCAUACUGGCCCAGUGAGAGCCUUGGAUGUGAACAUUUUCCAGACUAAUCUGGUAGCUUCUGGUGCUAAUGAAUCUGAAAUCUACAUAUGGGAUCUAAAUAAUUUUGCAACCCCAAUGACUCCAGGAGCCAAAACACAGCCGCCAGAAGAUAUCAGCUGCAUUGCAUGGAACAGACAAGUUCAGCAUAUUUUAGCAUCAGCCAGUCCCAGUGGCCGGGCCACUGUAUGGGAUCUUAGAAAAAAUGAACCAAUCAUCAAAGUCAGUGACCAUAGUAACAGAAUGCAUUGUUCUGGGUUGGCAUGGCAUCCUGAUAUUGCUACUCAGAUGGUCCUUGCCUCCGAGGAUGACCGGUUACCAGUGAUCCAGAUGUGGGAUCUUCGAUUUGCUUCCUCUCCACUUCGUGUCCUGGAAAACCAUGCCAGGGGGAUUUUGGCAAUUGCUUGGAGCAUGGCGGAUCCUGAAUUGUUACUGAGCUGUGGAAAAGAUGCUAAGAUUCUCUGCUCCAAUCCAAACACAGGAGAGGUGUUAUAUGAACUUCCCACCAACACACAGUGGUGCUUCGAUAUUCAGUGGUGUCCCCGAAAUCCUGCUGUCUUAUCAGCUGCUUCGUUUGAUGGGCGUAUCAGUGUUUAUUCUAUCAUGGGAGGAAGCACCGACGGUUUAAGACAGAAACAAGUUGACAAGCUUUCAUCAUCUUUUGGGAAUCUUGAUCCCUUUGGCACAGGACAGCCCCUUCCUCCAUUACAAAUUCCACAGCAGACUGCUCAGCAUAGUAUAGUGCUGCCUCUGAAGAAGCCGCCCAAGUGGAUUCGAAGGCCUGUUGGUGCUUCUUUUUCAUUUGGAGGCAAACUGGUUACAUUUGAGAAUGUUAGAAUGCCUUCUCAUCAGGGAGCUGAGCAGCAGCAGCAGCAGCACCAUGUGUUCAUUAGUCAGGUUGUAACAGAAAAGGAGUUCCUCAGCCGAUCAGACCAACUUCAGCAGGCUGUGCAGUCACAAGGAUUUAUCAAUUAUUGCCAAAAAAAAAUUGAUGCCUCUCAGACUGAAUUUGAGAAAAAUGUGUGGUCCUUUUUGAAGGUGAACUUUGAGGAUGAUUCUCGUGGAAAAUACCUUGAACUUCUAGGAUACAGGAAAGAAGAUCUAGGAAAGAAGAUUGCUUUGGCCUUGAACAAAGUGGAUGGAGCCGAUGUGGCUCUUAAAGACUCUGACCAAGUAGCACAGAGUGAUGGGGAGGAGAGCCCUGCUGCUGAAGAGCAGCUCUUGGGAGAGCAUAUUAAAGAGGAAAAAGAAGAAUCUGAAUUUCUACCCUCAUCUGGAGGGACAUUUAAUAUCUCCAUCAGUGGGGACAUUGAUGGUUUAAUUACUCAGGCUUUGCUAACAGGCAAUUUUGAGAGUGCUGUUGACCUUUGUUUACAUGAUAACCGCAUGGCCGAUGCCAUCAUAUUGGCCAUAGCAGGUGGACAAGAACUCUUGGCUCGAACCCAGAAGAAAUACUUCGCAAAAUCCCAAAGCAAAAUUACCAGACUCAUCACUGCAGUGGUAAUGAAGAACUGGAAAGAGAUUGUUGAGUCUUGUGAUCUUAAAAAUUGGAGAGAGGCUUUAGCUGCUGUGUUGACUUACGCGAAGCCAGAUGAAUUUGCAGCCCUUUGUGAUCUUUUGGGAACCAGGCUUGAAAAUGAAGGAGAUAGCCUCCUGCAGACUCAAGCAUGUCUCUGCUAUAUUUGUGCAGGGAAUGUAGAGAAAUUAGUUGCAUGUUGGACUAAAGCUCAAGAUGGAAGCCACCCUUUGUCUCUUCAGGAUCUGAUUGAGAAAGUUGUCAUCCUGAGAAAAGCUGUGCAACUCACUCAAGCCAUGGACACUAGUACUGUAGGAGUUCUCUUGGCUGCGAAGAUGAGCCAGUAUGCCAAUUUGUUGGCAGCUCAGGGCAGUAUUGCUGCAGCCUUGGCUUUUCUUCCUGACAACACCAACCAGCCAAAUAUCAUGCAGCUUCGUGACAGACUUUGUAGAGCACAAGGAGAGCCUGUAGCAGGACAUGAAUCACCUAAAAUUCCGUAUGAGAAACAGCAACUGCCCAAGGGCAGGCCUGGACCAGUUGUUGGCCACCACCAGAUGCCGAGAGUUCAAACUCAACAAUAUUAUCCCCAUGGAGAAAAUCCUCCACCUCCAGGUUUCAUAAUGCAUGGAAAUGUUAAUCCAAAUGCUGCUGGUCAGCUUCCCACAUCUCCAGGUCAUAUGCACACCCAGGUACCACCUUAUCCACAGCCACAGCCUUAUCAACCAGCCCAGCCGUAUCCCUUCGGAACAGGGGGGUCAGCAAUGUAUCGACCUCAGCAGCCUAUUGCUCCUCCUACUUCAAAUGCUUACCCUAACACCCCUUACAUAUCUUCUGCUUCUUCCUAUUCUGGGCAGUCUCAGCUGUACGCAGCACAGCACCAGGCCUCUUCACCUACCUCCAGCCCUGCUACUUCUUUCCCUCCUCCCCCUUCCUCUGGAGCAUCCUUCCAGCAUGGCGGACCAGGAGCUCCACCAUCAUCUUCAGCUUAUGCACUGCCUCCUGGAACAACAGGUACACUGCCUGCUGCCAGUGAGCUGCCUGCGUCCCAAAGAACAGAAAACCAUUCUGUCCAAGACCAGGCACCUAUGUUGGAAGGUCCUCAGAAUGGUUGGAAUGACCCUCCAGCUUUGAACAGAGUACCCAAAAAGAAGAAGAUGCCUGAAAACUUCAUGCCUCCUGUUCCCAUCACAUCACCAAUCAUGAACCCAUUGGGUGACCCCCAGUCACAGAUGCUGCAGCAACAACCUUCAGCUCCAAUACCACUGUCAAGCCAGUCUUCAUUCCCACAGCCACAUCUUUCAGGUGGCCAGCCCUUCCAUGGCAUACAGCAACCUCUUGGUCAAACAGGCAUGCCACCAUCUUUCUCAAAGCCCAAUAUUGAAGGUGCCCCAGGGGCUCCUAUCGGAAAUACCUUCCAGCAUGUGCAGUCUUUGCCAACAAAAAAAAUUACCAAGAAACCUAUUCCAGAUGAGCACCUCAUUCUAAAGACCACAUUUGAGGAUCUUAUUCAGCGCUGCCUUUCUUCAGCAACAGACCCUCAAACCAGGAGGAAGCUAGAUGAUGCCAGCAAACGUUUGGAGUUUCUGUAUGAUAAACUUAGGGAACAGACACUUUCACCAACAAUCACCAGUGGUUUACACAGCAUUGCACGGAGCAUUGAAACUCGAAACUACUCAGAAGGAUUGACUAUGCAUACCCACAUAGUUAGCACCAGCAACUUCAGUGAGACCUCUGCUUUCAUGCCAGUUCUCAAAGUUGUUCUCACCCAGGCCAAUAAGCUGGGUGUCUAAAAGGACAGGUUCUCUUCCACUCAAUAUUGCCAUUUUUCCAAAGAAACAUGUUAAAAAACAAAUUUUAAGACAUGGACCAGUCGCCGUUAGCAUGUUUGCAUAGCAACCAGUCAAGAGCAUUUACACUAUUUCUGCCGAUAUACUCACCUUAGAACUGUUCAGAACCCUGGUGCUUUAUUUUUUGUUUUAAUCUUUUGUUGCCAGUGAUGAUUUUCCUAUUCUGAAACAGUGUAUUUCCUGGAUUACACAUAGUAUGGUUUCCUAAAGUAUUCUGAUAAAUGUGUUUUCUAAAACCUCAAUAUACUUUUUAGAAAAGGAGCAUCUGGUUAUGCAUAAAGCAGAGCUAAAACUAAAUUUCUUUCAUGUCCUCCCUACUUCCUCCAUGUCAAUCAGAUUAAAGUGUGUAAUCCUA